AUGAACGAUCCCAGACGUGCUCUGCCACUAAACUCAAGACGCUCGGCCUUGAAUUCGGAGCACCAACGCAUUCCUGGACAAAGCCCCAACGGUCCACACACAAACAGAGAUAGCCCUUUUCCCAAAGGAAAUCAACACUCACUGUCAAGACCAGUUUUUGGAUCCAGGAUGCCAAGCAGACUGGACGGCCCCCAAUUUCAGGCCUAUGAUCCCAAACGAGCUGUCGGAUCUAGGAUGCCAAGCAGACUUGACGGUCCCGAAUCCCAAUCCCAAAGCACCCUGAAAACAAGCUACGAUGUCAAGAUGGCUACACGCCAACUUCAAAUCGAGUCCCUCUCAUCAGCGGAAAAGCACGAGCAAGAUAAAUGGGCGCAGUCGCAACUUUCACUACAUUCGACUUGCGUGAUGGGCAUGAAAUGGCUGAAGAACGUUGUUGGCUAUCGGUGCAGUGGGGGAGGGCACCUUGUUACCAAUGAGCUGCUUGCUAAAGGUAAAGGCGGACUUUAUCACCAUUGUAAUGGGGUUUGGUUGGGGCCGAUGUAUGGUCAAGAGAUUAUGGAAUCUAUGUAUGGUCGACUGGGGUUCCGAAGAGAACAGGAGCUUAGAGAGAGCGCUCGUCAGAAGGGUUUCAACAACCACAGUUUCUUAGUUAAUAGGAGACGCUGGGCCGUAUGA